UUUAUCUCAGCCUGACUCAUUUUGGAGAGUUGCUGUGGAUAAAAUAGGAGCCGGGAGCAUAUGAUCCACACUGCAGCACAGCCUGAGAGACAGGACAGUACCUGGGAGAUGCACCUUACACUACACUGCACAGUGUCUCUCCACUGCACAGAUCUUUCUCCAGUGCGUAGCCCUUCAAACAUACCACAUAGAUUUGAGGAGUCAUCAGUCAAUUUUGCCUUCAAGUCAGUGAAACUCUCCCAUCACUGGAAGAUUUUCUCUCUCCUCUGAAGGAUGUUGCAUUAUUGAAAGCCACUGUUCUGGGUAGGGCUGCAGCACCAGAUGCAAAAUUGAAAUAGUCACUGCAGUGCUGAAGAUCUGAGGGUCUUAUUCCCUUCCUGGCCCCUUUGCUUCUAUCCUCAAAGCCCAUUUCUUUUGUUCUCUCAAGAGAAACCAUCCACUUACUCUUUCGACAAUGUUUCUGCAGAAAUGGUCGGCACUUCUUUAUUUCACUUUCUAUUUAAGGGGACCUGUGAGCUUUUUCCUUCUCCAAGGAUGCUUGGCAAGUAAAUCAGAAGAAAGGCUUUUUCGCAAACUGUUCUCCCAUUACAACCAGUACAUCAGACCUGUAGAAAAUGUGUCCAGUCCCGUGAAGGUGCAUUUCGAAGUGGCAAUUACCCAGCUUGCAAAUGUGGAUGAAGUCAAUCAGAUCAUGGAGACAAAUCUCUGGCUACGACAUAUUUGGAAUGAUUAUAAAUUGAAAUGGAAUCCAGUGGAAUUCGGUGGAAUUGAAUUUAUCCACGUGCCAUCGGACAAAAUUUGGAAACCUGAUAUUGUGCUAUACAAUAAUGCUGUCGGAGAUUUCCAGGUUGAAGGACGGACCAAGGCUCUGCUCAGAUACGAUGGCACCAUCACCUGGAUGCCACCUGCCAUUUUUAAAAGCUCCUGCCCCAUGGAUAUUACCUUCUUCCCCUUUGAUCACCAGAACUGCUCCUUAAAAUUUGGAUCAUGGACAUAUGACAAAGCCAAGAUAGAUCUUUUGAUUAUUGGUUCCAAAGUAGACAUGAAAGACCUUUGGGAGAACAAUGAAUGGGAAAUAGUUGAUGCUUCUGGCUAUAAACAUGACAUAAAGUACAACUGCUGUGAGGAAAUCUAUACGGAUAUAACCUAUUCUUUUUAUAUCCGAAGGCUCCCCAUGUUUUACACCAUCAAUCUGAUUUUACCUUGCCUGUUCAUUUCAUUCCUGACUGUAUUAGUAUUUUACCUUCCAUCUGACUGUGGAGAGAAAGUAACUCUUUGCAUCUCUGUCCUCCUUUCAUUGACUGUUUUCUUGCUGGUAAUCACAGAGACAAUUCCCUCAACUUCUUUGGUCAUCCCACUAGUGGGAGAAUACUUGCUGUUCACCAUGAUAUUUGUGACACUCUCUAUUGUGGUGACAGUGUUUGUGCUGAAUAUCCAUUACCGGACUCCAACUAUGCAUACAAUGCCCAACUGGGUCAAAACUGUCUUCCUUGGUCUUCUGCCCAAGCUUCUGAUGAUGAAGAGACCCAUACAGAAACAUGUUGACUCCCAACCUCCCCAACCUCUGAAAGGAAGUGCCACUAAACCCGACAAGCCCAAGGCUGGGGAGCUUGCAGAAGUGAAAGUCCUCAGUGAGCACCGCUCCUGCCACUGUGACAACUCCAAGGACAUAGCAGUGAGGAAGCAAAGGAGACAGAGUUGCCAAUCUGCCAAAUGGGAGGCUGAAUCAGUCAAGUAUUCCCCAGAGGUUAAAGAAGUCAUUAACAGUGUUCAGUUCAUCGCAGAAAACAUGAGGUGUCAGAAUGAAACGAAAGAGGUAGAAGAUGACUGGAAAUAUGUCGCCAUGGUAAUCGAUAGAGUAUUUCUGUGGGUGUUCAUAAUUCUCUGUGUAUUUGGAACAGCGGGAUUAUUUCUACAACCAUUGAUAGCAGAUGUAUAAUAUAUGGGUGGUGAUUCACGUUUUGCAUGAUCUUUUUUAAUAGGAUAGUCAAACCACACAUUAGCAACAGUUUAGAGAAUAUCAGUU